UCCGACCAAAACAUACAAAAUCGUUUUCUUAGCUUCUUCCGUCGCCACUAAACCCUGAGGCUAAACCUAGACGAGUCAAAGGUGCGAUAAACGUUAAACCCUAAGGAGAGUGAGAGAGAGAAAUAUGAAGUACAACAACGACAAGAAGAAAGGUGGAGGCUUUAAGAGAGGAGGCAAAAAGGGUUCGAAUGAUAGGGAUCCAUUCUUUGAGGAAGAGACGAAGAAGAGGAGAAAAGUGAGUUACGAUGACGACGACAUCGAGUCUAUAGACUCUGAUGCGGAAGAGGAUGGAUUUACAGGUGGAGAUGAAGAUGGGAAAAGAGUUGAUGUGGAAGUGGAGGAUGAGGAUGAGUUUGCUGAUGAGACGGCUGGAGAGAAGAGGAAGAGAUUGGCUGAGGAGAUGCUUAAUAGAAUGAGGGAAGCUAAGCGUAGAGAGCGUGAUGCAGAGGAUGGUGAUGAUGAUGAUGAAGAUGAAGAUGAGAGUCUUAAGAAGAGUUUGAUGCAGAAGCAGCAGGAGGACACUGGUAGGAUUCGAAGACUUAUUGCAUCCAGGGUUCAGGAGCCACUAAGUACAGAUGGAUUUAGUAUUAUUGUCAAGCACCGACGAUCUGUUGUAUCGGUAGCUCUAUCGGAUGAUGAUUCUAGAGGGUUUUCAGCUUCGAAAGAUGGUACUAUUGUGCAUUGGGAUGUAUCUUCUGGUAAAACUGACAAAUACAUAUGGCCGAGUGAUGAAGUUCUGAAGUCUCAUGGGAUGAAACUGAGGGAGCCUCGAAAUAAGAAACACAGCAGGGAAUCUCUUGCUUUAGCUGUUAGCUCUGAUGGUCGUUAUUUGGCCACUGGAGGAGUUGAUCGUCAUGUUCAUAUUUGGGACGUUCGUACCCGAGAGCAUGUCCAGGCCUUUCCAGGUCACCGGAACACUGUUUCUUGUCUAUGUUUCAGAUACGGAACUGCAGAAGUCUAUUCUGGUUCGUUUGAUAGAAAUAUGAAGGUGUGGAAUGCAGAGGACAAAGCGUUUGUAGCUGAUAAUUUUGGACACCAAGGUGAAAUUCUAGCCAUUGAUGUGCUACGGAAGGAGCGUGCACUUACGGUUGGAAGAGAUAGAACCAUGCUGUAUCAUAAGGUGCCUGAGAGCAGCCGUAUGGUCUAUCGUGCUCCUGCAUCAUCUCUUGAGAGCUGCUGUUUUAUCAGUGAUAAUGAGUACCUGUCUGGUUCGGAUAAUGGAACUGUUGCUCUUUGGGGGAUGUUAAAAAAGAAACCGAUGUUCAUUCUCAAGAAUGCGCAUCGUGAUAAAACUAACGAAAUUACCACCAAUGGAAGCUUAGAAAACGGUGCUCAUGAAUCAAUCGACAAUGACUGUUCAGCAAGUUCUUGGGUCAAUUCAGUUGCUAGUUGUAGAGGUAGUGAUCUUGCUGCAUCUGGAGCUGGUAAUGGUUUUGUGCAUUUGUGGGCUGUUGAAACUGGUGCCAUUCGACCUUUGCACAAGCUUCCACUGACUGGAUUUGUGAACUCUUUGGCUUUUGCAAAGUCGGGUAAAUUUCUGAUUGCCGGUGUUGGACAGGAAACGCGAUUUGGAAGAUGGGGCUGCGUAAAGUCUGCGCAAAAUGGUGUUGCAAUACAUCCCUUAAGGCUGUCAUAAGUAUUUCAUCGGGAUUAAAAGAAGUGUUGUUACAAAUAUUUUUGAGUUGCUAAGCCAAAAAGAUGGAAACUGAAGUAAUAUAGGGAUUAGAGGUCUCUGCAACUCUUGAAGUUUUUGCUCCCUUUUUUGUUUGUGCUUUGUACCAUUUUUUCUUUUUAAUACGAGAGAUAAGAACUUUAACAUUUUGAAGUUUUGAUGAAUCAAAGAGGAUAAAAUUUCCCAAA